UAUUAUCCAAAAAAGAUCCACACAUUGUAACAGUACAUUUUGUUGAUGUAUCCCUUAAAUCUCUUUUAUUCUGAAGUGUUUUCCCCUCCCACAUUUUCCCCUUUGCCAUUUUUUUGAAGAAGACAGAUCAUUUGUCCCAUAUAAUUUCCUACAUUUUGGAUAUGGUUGAUUUCAUCCCUACGAUAUCUUAACAUAUUUCUACUAAUCUCUAUGUAGCCUAUAAACUGGUAGUUAGAUAUUGAGGCUUGAUCAGGCUGAAUUUUUGCUCUGUAUUUCCUGUGCAUCUCACCAGGAAAUGAUAUGAUGGUAUGAUUGAUCAGAGUUCAGGUAUCGUUAGCCUGAUGCAUCUAUUAUGUUUUGUUUUGUUUAGGCAAGGUCUAGCUUUGUUUCCCUGGCUGGGGUGCAGUAGCGCGAUCGCAGUUCAUUGCAACCUCCACCUCCCCGACUCAAGCGAUUCUCCCACCUCCGCCUCCUGAGUGCUGGGACCCCAGGUGCCGCCACCUAAGGAAUGGACGCAUUGCCUCCAUUUUUUAAAUGUCCCUUUCAGGACGCCGUCCCCUUCCUGGUACGCGCAGCGCUGGGAGCAAAAGGGACUUCCGGGAGAUCUAGGAAGCCGCUUCUCUUUCUGGCAGGAGGCGGCGUUCUCCCCGCACGCUGCUGAGUCUCUGCGGUUGUAGACCGGAAUCCUGCUGACCGGCAGAGUGGAUCAGGGAGGGAGGGUCGGGACACCGUGGCUGCAGGUCUGAGGCGAGGCUGCUCCGAUGUAGUAGCUCUCUUGGCUGGAGGUGGCCAUUCAUUCCUGGAGUGCUGCUGAGGAGCGAGGGCCCCUCUGGGGGCUCUGGAAGUCGGUGCCCGGGCCUCAAGGAUAGCCCCCUUGCGCUUAACCCAGGCUGCGGCCGGCCUUCUCAGAGAGGAGGGCGUCCUUCCACCCCGCGGCGCAGGUGACCGCUGCUGCCAUGGCUUUUCCCCAUCGGCCAGACGCCCCUGAGCUGCCUGAUUUCUCCAUGCUCAAGAGGCUGGCUCGAGACCAGCUCAUCUAUCUGCUGGAGCAGCUUCCUGGAAAAAAGGAUUUAUUCAUUGAGGCAGAUCUCAUGAGCCCUUUGGAUCGAAUUGCCAGUGUCUCCAUUCUGAAGCAACACGAAGUAGACAAGCUAUACAAGGUGGAGAACAAGCCAGCCCUCAGCUCCAAUGAACAAUUGUGCUUCUUGGUCAGACCCCGUAUCAAGAAUAUGCGAUACAUUGCCAGUCUUGUCAAUGCUGACAAAGUGGCUGGCCGAACUCGCAAAUACAAAGUGAUCUUCAGCCCCCAGAAGUUUUAUGCAUGUGAGAUGGUGCUUGAGGAAGAGGGCAUCUAUGGAGGUGAGAGGAGAUGAAUGUGAGGGGGAAGGGAGAGAGAACAUACAGAAGAAAAAAUAAUUGUUAUUCUCCACCCCAGCUCCUUCUUUUCCUAGUCUUAUUCCUGUUAGUCUAGCAGGAGGAGAGGUUCCUAAGAAUGGGAAUGGGAACAGGACUACAGAUUAGAAGACUACUGGGGG